GAAUACCCGUCUGCCUGGGCAUUGCGACUCUUCUACGGAGUCGUCUUCAUUCUCGAGUCCAGCGUUACGGUUACACCUACAGUUAGCGUUUCCCCUACUGUCCCCUGCUUCUCUGCCAUGCCGCUUCCACGAGCCCCGAGUCGGGUCGAGCCGAUUCCCUUUCCGGUCUUUGGCAUGUCCUGGUUCGCCAAUCCGGGCGACGGCACCAGCAUCGUCGCGUACUGUGGAGGUGGCGGAUCGGCCCGCACCGGCGUCCACAACGCCAUUGUCAUACAGGACGGUGACGCUCCGCCGACACAAAUAUCCACCGGCGAUCAAGUCGGCGUCGCCCUGCACGUGUACCAGAAUCCCGUCACCGGUGGACUCUUCUUGGUCGUAGGGUUGGGGAGUCAAGUACAGCGCUUUCGCUUGCCCCAAGGCACCUUGUCCGGAACCAUUGACGUGGGGGAACCGGUCAACGCGAUUGCCGUACACGCAAUGGCGGAAACUCUGGCCGUGGGCUGUGACAGUGGAACCAUCAAGGUCUACGCCGUGUCGGACGACUUGUUUGGGGAAGACUGCACAACACUACACGAACUCCAGGGACACGACAAGACUGUCUGUGCCCUCGAUUUUGCUACCCGGGGAAACCGCAUUGUCUCGUCCGCCAAAGACGGUACGGCAAGGAUUUGGCAGGACGGACACUGUGUGGCCGUUCUCACUUGCUCGGUACAGUCUCUGCCCGAUUCGUCACCGUCACCAAACACUACCAAAACCCCGCAAGUCUUGGUCCGCGGUUGCGCCUUUGGAGAUUUGGACGGUCGUGUCCUCGUGACCGUGGCUUCGGCGCGACGAGGGAACGCCUACCUGACUCAGUGGUACCAGACGGAAUCGUCCACCCCCGACGAUGCGCCGGACUUUGCCGUGGCCGACCGGACCGUCUGUAGCGCCGUCCCCAUUUCGGCCAUGUCCAUGUCGCAAGACGCGUCGCUCUUGGCCUUGGGUAGUGUCGACGGAUCAAUCAUUCUGUGGAAUGUUCCGGACUGGAAACAGUGCAAAAAAUUUGUGGAACUGCACGGCUUGCCCGUCACCUGCAUUGCCGCACGCCCCUACCCGGUACCCCUACAAGGGGAAGAAGACGACGGUGUUGAAAUACACGCAAGGAGUGCGUCUGCCGAUAGUCAGUUGGGUUGUUUGACCAUGCAACGACGAGCACCGCGGAAACGAUCGAACAGAAGUGGUGGUAGCAACGAUGGACUCGGUUUCUUUGGAUGGGUCGAUCGUACCAUCAAACUCGGCUUAUUCUUAUGGGUUUUGUCGCCCGUUUAUCGGGAAGCACUCAACAAGUGUGCUCCGACCUUCCGAGAAACGGGCGUUUGGGCGACCGGACAAUGCAUCAUGGACGACGUACUGAUCGCACCCUCCCGGAGAUCAGGUGUACAAGUACCUCCUUACUGA